UCUUCCCCGCCGCACGGUCCGGGGCCGCAGCCACAGGUGGUGUGUGCCCAGCUGCCAGCUGCCUGUGGUGAGCGAGGCGAUGACCGGCGUGACGUGAGAGCCAGCGGCCGCCACACCACGCUCCGACACCGGCCGCCCAGACUCACUGCGCCCUCGCCGGUAGCCAGCUCGCCGCAGCUGCAACAGGUUGGCUGCCCUGCAGAAUGACCGCGUAUGGGGCGCAGCAGCAGACGUCGUGCUGCCAUCGCAUUGGCCUGCCGCUGACCAUGUGACCACAUCACGCACUGCUGCCAGCACUGCCGACGAAGGAGCGCAGUGGUCACCGCUAGAGUAACGGCCGCGUCGCGCUUCCGUGACGCGUAUCAGCCACGUGCGUCUCGCGCCGGUGAUAUACGGAUCGCCAAACAUUACCUAACAUCGAGGACCAAAGAAAAUAUUGCUAUCAUCUGACAUAAAAUAUCUGCUGCAGUACCACACAGACACUAAACAUGUUGCCAACCAACGUCAUGUCGUUCAUGAAGAAGAUGGUGGGCCCGGCGGAGUCGCCCCCUGGCGGCGCGGACGCAGAGGCGUCUGGCACGGCGCUCAGCAAGCUGCGCCAGACGCUCUCCUCCAGCAUAAUGUCCGCCCAGGACAGGGUGACCAAGAUGGCGCCGGGCCGGCAGGCUGCACCCACUGCUCCUGACGCCUCCGCCGCGACGCCGCCAGACGAGAAGUCCCUCAAGCCAGAGGAGGUCUCCAAGCCGCAGAAGCCGGAGCCGGGCAAGCCCGUGUGCCGCGCGGGUGCGUGCCGGGUCUGCCUCAAGAGCUUCAAGCCCGAAGACUUCUUCCGCACGUGCUUCGAGUGCACCCAGAAGGUGUGCGAGGACUGCGCCUCCUACUCCAAGCUCGACGAGAACCAGGACGAGAGUACGUGGCGCUGCAGCAUCUGCAGGCGAAAGCUGCAGUCGCGCGCGGCGCCGCCCGUCAUGACGCAGGAGUCCACGGACAGCCUGCUGGACGUUCCAGUGCUGGAGGCGCUGCAACGCAGACACUCCGACGUCAAGAUCGGCUCCGGCAGCUCGCUCACCGUCAGCGGAGGUGGCGGCAGCGGGCUGGCGCCACCACGGUCCCCGGAACUGCGUCGCCACUCCGACGUGUCGCCCGCGUCACUCAAGGAGCUGGAGAAGGUGGCGGGCGAGCGGCGCGAGGAGCUGCGCUGGGAGCGGGAGCUGGAGUGGCGCCAGCACCGCGUGGGCGGCGCGCCGCCCCCGCAGCCCGGCGGCCAGCCGGGGCACUCACCGCAAGUCGAGCGCCGGCCCUUCCCCUCGCCCGCCAAGCAGGUCGGGCCAGAUAGCGGCAUGCCAGAGGACGAGGCGGAGGCGGAGGCUUGGAGGCGGCAGCGCGCGCGAGGGCGGCGGCAGUCGCGCGUGACGCGCCAGCGCAGCUACGACGAGGAGCUGAAGGCGGCCACCGCCGCCGCGGCCGCUGGCGCCGGCGGGGAGCCCAGCCUAGGUCAGUGGGGCGAGCAGCGCCGUACACGUAACCAACCGCAUGCUUCUUGUCCCGCCAACACACACAACCCUUACAAAAUAUUCCGCAGGGCGUCCUUCCGCGCCGUGCCGCAGCCGCAGCCGCCGCCGCAGGACAAGGCCGACGACGGCACACAAGACUCUUCGCCGUCGCCGCUGUCGCCGGACGCCACAGCGCAGGCGCCGGCCGGGCUCUCGCUGGGGGUGGAGGAAGACCGCCGCACCAGGCGCCGAGGCUCACAACUGCCAGAUCUGGGGAUGCGCGCGCUGCCACAGACGCCGCCUUCUUCCGGGACGCCGACGCCCCGCGGAGAGACGACCGACGCCGUGCGUCGCCAGACGUCCGUCACCGACGGAGAGGCCAUCAAGAUCGUCAUCCAUGACGUCGACUGCGACUUCAGUCCCAGGCCAGGAGCCAAGCGCCGCGUGGUGCUGAGGAGGGACCCAGCCGACAAGGCGCACCGCACUCGUGGCUUUGGAAUGCGUGUCGUCGGAGGAAAGACGGGUGCCGACGGCCGGCUGUUCGCCUACAUCGUUUGGACCGUUCCGGGCGGGCCUGCAGAGAAAGGCGGACUACAGCAAGGCGACAAGGUACUGGAGUGGGAUGGCGUGUCACUGGUGGACCGAAGCUUCGAGGAGGUGUGCGCCAUCAUGGAUCGCUCCGGAGAAUCCGCAGAGCUGCUCGUCGAGCACGCCACAGACUUUCGCAUGUGUGACCUGCUGGACGAGCCGAUUGCUAGAAAACCAGUUUCUGAGUCACUGGGGUCGCAGCUUGAAGGAGACCAGGACAAGACGCCAACCUCACCGACGCGUCGCAAGCUGCCUAAGACCCCGGUAUAGACAGUAGCGUAGUUAGCUGGCACACAGCGCACUUUCAUAGCUCUCACACACUCAGAGUCGUCCAUUCCCGAGGGAAAGCACUGGCGAUGUGCAUCUACACGCCCCCACAACACCUCUCGGCUCGAGUGCACCAGCAUUACAGUCUUUCAAUAUUUCUCUUAGCUGUUUCAUAAGUUUUAUAGACUGUUGCCCACCGCUACAAAAAAAAAGGCAGUUAGAGCACACUCCUCUAUUUCCCCUACACAUUUCUUAAGACGUUUACACAAUAUUUUCAAAAAACUCUCCAUAUUUUAUAUUUUAUGCAAAGUUUGUACAAUUAUUUCUUUAAUGUGUUCAUUAGUCAACAUAAAAGUGCAGAUGUACCUGUUGUGGAGUUGGCGUGAACAGGCUGUGAGACUGAUGCGGGGUCUAUAUGAAGCACAUGAACAUAUCUAACGCGGUGCAUAUUUCUAUAAUUUCACAAAUGGAUAUUACUAUUACAGCUUAGCGUAUAAUUCUUCCACGCACUCAAGCACUUUAUCGAGAUCUCUCGCAGCCAAGUUCAAGACUCGUCUCACAAGCACAGUAACCCACUUACGUUGAGUAAAGACAACGACACUUCUGGGUCAGAUCAGUGUGCGACAGAAUGGGAAAUUUGUCUGUGUUUGUGCUCUAUCCGACAAAGAUUUUCCACAAGGACUUUAUCAAGCACAUUAAUCUCGAAACUUUCGCUACACACUGUGGCAUAUUUUACAUGGACGUUGAUUCCGGUUUAUGUAGUUUCCUGCUGCUUACCUGUUGGGUACCACAAAGACAUUCGGAAGCAGAGUACACUCUAUAAUUUCGGUUUCAAAAUUUAUGACGAUCGUACGGAAAAUGUUGACAAUGAUGCAUCUAAGUAAUAGCAUUAACCUGCUGCUUUAUUUUAAACUAAUUUUUUUACAAUUAGAAAUAAUUAACUAGUUCGCGAACAAUAUGUAUGUGUUAAGAGGUAUUCUGAGAGGAAUGCUGGAAAACAUAUGAUGUAAGAAAAUGGGGACAAAAAAAUCAGAAUCUCAUGGUUAGUAGGAAAAAGAAGUUUUUAAGUUCACAUACUUUUAAUGUGGGACAGAAUGGCUGCUGUUCACGACAUCUUAUGGGUUCACGUAUUUCCUGUAACGUCUUCAUGCUGUCUUUGUAGACUUGGUUCUGAGUCGUGGCCUGUUGCGAACUACAGCUAUUUGUUACCGCUGUUUACAUUAGUAUGUGUCGCGCUUACCCUUCGUAGUCACCUUGUUUUUAAUGCAGCUUCGAAAGAAGCAAUGUCUACAGCGGUACAUUAAUCUACUGGUUAAGUUGUUCAGAUGCUGAUGAUUUCUGUAGAUUUGUUCAAGUGUUCACUUAAUAUCUUCGUAUUACUUACAUGUAUCGUAUGUCAAUAGACUUUUCACAAGAACACCCCUCGAAUUCAAAUCCACGAGCAUAGUGUGAGCUAACUUCGUAGAAUCAGGGAUAAUAGAAACCACGUUUGUUAUCUGUUAUAAACAACACAUAUUGUUGAGUAUAUGAUGUAUUUGUUGUCACCUCCCGACAUUUUUGCCUAAAGUGGAAAACCAACCACUAUGUUGUAUUCCUGCCAGUAAACUUGAUGCAGAGACAUCUGAUAAGUACUACGUAUUUAGGAAGGCCACCGCCAGCAAGAGUAUGAAUUAAAACUUCAUUUAUUUACCAUUAUAUGAUGCUAAGCCAUUCGGUACCAUGUCUCGAACCAGGAUGUGUGAAAUACAACUGGCGGAUACAGUUAUACAUUAGACGCUACUUUGUAGAGAAUCUUAUGGGCCCAGGAAAAGGGGUGUCGACUCUUCAAUGAUUUUGUUUCCUGUUACCUCGCCUUACUGAAUGUAUAUGAAUUGUAUACAUUCUUUUGCAUUUCGGAGUCCUUCUACUGCGUUUUACAUUGACGUAAUUCUAUUAAUUACUAGCGCUUUAUCUACACAUCGUCACUGGAACUCCAUACAUGUAAAUAUAUUUGCUUGAAAUGUGAUGCUAUGCAAAUGCAAAUGCCAUCCCUGAGAAACGUGUCAAUGAUACUGAACAGAAAGCCAUUUUCUCACCCUGCAAAUAAAGUUCAUUAGGUAACGGUCUUCCAAAAGGCCGCCACCUCCAUUCCUAUAAAUUUCGCCCAUAACGCCCCACUAAGUUCCAACAUGAAGAUCAAAAUAAUUCUAGUAUUUUACACGCACAUAAAGCAGUUAUAGGCGCAAACAGUAUGACGUAUGCAUGUAGGCAGGAAUAAAACCCAAGAGUGACAAAAAAAAUAAAUAAAAUUAUAAUUAAAUUUUGACUGUCAGACAUCCUCCAUACUGCAGUCCAAUUACAAAGAGUUAAGGUAGAACAGAAAGCCGGAAGACCAGUAUUUGUUAUCCAUAAAUGCUGUUCAUCUGAUAAAGAACACUGUCAAAAGCAGGAGAGCUACUAAGACUUGUCAUAUAUAUCCCAUUCCUAGGCAAACACUUCAUAGCAGGAGUUCGCUAUGAAACAAGUUAUUCCCCACUGUACAAGGUUUCAGGUAUGAAAGCGAUUCGACAAUCAUUAAUCAGCAGUUAAGUUAAGUAGUUUCAGAAACCUCUCUCAGGUUUAGUAGGAAUACAAAUCCGUAAGAGCACUUCUGUCAUUCUGCAAAGACUCUUAAUGUAACGCGAGGCUGUACAAAACCCUGAGCUACUUGGAUCUACAUUACCUUGUUAAAUAGAAACAUAUACGUCGUACGGAAACACUUACAGUUAUCACAGAUAGUGAGCAGGAUAAUAUCGGUUUUAGGAAAAUUUUAAAUCAGGUAAAGAUCAUACAUAUUGCUUAAGUGACGAUUGUCUGUUCCAAAAUUGUCGUAAGCAUACUAAUUGCAAAUUUUUAUAAUGAAGAACAACUGUUCAGAAAUUCCAGUGCCCUGGUUGGUUUUUUAAAUGUUUUCGUUACCUUAUUUAUCAAAUCUGGAUUUUUGUCUAGAUAUUGAUAAUACGUGUGCAUCAAGAGGUAAGUGUUAUUUAAUGUGUCAUGGCUUAUAAGUUCAGUAAUUGCCAGACCAUAUACUCUCAUUUGCUUAGGGCUACACAGUGUAGCUCUUCCUCCGUGGAGUGGCAAAUUCGUGGUAUGAUUAGAAUUGGUAUAACUUAAAUUUUUGUGUAUCAGUAUCAAUCAUAUCAUUUAAAUUCAAUAAUAUAGUUAUUAAUUUUCGAUAUUCCUUUGGAAUUCAUGUGUAAUGUGCUGGUUAUACAAAAAAGUUGAAUUGUCGAGCAUGUUAAUUUAUUUACGAACUUGGUGUUACCUGAUACGGCAAAUUACUUCUAAAAGCAUGACGUCCCAAAGUAUUUAAGUCCUAUGGUAAACAACACCGACAAUUUCACUAGAUGUGAGUUUUCUACGAAAAUCAAGAUGCAGUGCAUAUGGUAGAUUACAGAGAGCUUUGGAUGAUUUUGUAAGGAGGAUUUACAGCGACUCCCUUUAAAAUAAUAUGCAAAAACGUCAAGGUGACUAUAAGUACUGUCGAUAUUGUUCGUUCACAGAAAGGCCUCAAUGAAACUGUGCAAAGAAGAAGCAAGUGAAAGAUGAUAUAAACAGGGAAUACGUUUAGAGAAAUAAGCCUCAUAAAUUCUUCCCACAAAGUGUAAAGGGAUAUACAUAGCAGAAUGGUAGUAUCACACUGGUAUAAAUCGUGCAUGACUCACUCUUUUCGUGAACUAUUUAGUAAAUGUCGUUUUAAAAGGUUUGCUUUUACGAAAGUAAAGAUAGUGUCUUGGGAAACGAUUUUCCUGGGUCUACUCUAGGUACUUUAACAACAAUAAGUAUAACUGAAUUGAUCAUUUGUGGUUAUCGAAGCCAUAAAUCCACCGGGAAAGUAGAUGGAUCGCAGUGUGUUAACAUCUAUAUUCAGCAUGAAAAUUUUAAAGUAGGCUUAAGUGCAUCACUAACGUUGAGUAAUUGUUGGUGUCUUGUUCUCGUACUGCGAGUCUGUUAUGCGGGAUGCAGGACUCGUAUAAUUAAUUGAAUCUUCAUCCAGAGUUGUGCGUGUCUUCUAAAAUAACUACUGCUGAAUGGAACAGGUUUAUCAGGCACGUGUGUCCUGCUCAGUGUUCAGAAAGAACAGUCGCUAGAUUCUAUACAUGUCACAUUUAUGUGCAAGGAAAUCCUCUGUGGUUAAUGACACAUUCAAGUAAUGGCUGCCAGUUUUAAAAUUGAAUUAAAUGCCAUGACAACUACGUGAUGUUACUUCUCAGAUCGUGAGAAAUUAUAAACGAUGUUCGUGACUAAAUCCUUCGACAUAGACAUUCGAAAUUCACUUCUCAUUUUCCAUACGAAACGUUUGUCGUAGACAUUCACAUAUUGUAAGAGUCCAGCUGUAGAUCAUCGACUUCUUCAAAAUCACAUUUUCGGGUAGCGAACAUUGUCGGUUUCGCUAUAGUUAUUUCUGCGGCGUCCAGAAUCCUUCAACAUUUUUAUUCUAGUUACUAUGCAGUAGCUUUGAUGUUAUAACAGGAAAACGUUUAAUUGGCUGCGUUUUAGUUGUAAAAAUCAAUACUCGCCUUCCUAUUAAAUAGCGUACUAACCGGCAAAACGAACUGAAGACCUGGCCCAGGUGACAGCAUCCUCGUUUUUGUUUUUUUCGUACAAUUCAGUGUUCCAAGUGGAGAGCUGUUACACGCUACACGUACACAUUCCAAUGCCCUCACUGCUAAACAACACUGGACACUGAUCGACACUUCUGUCUCAUAAUACUUCUCGGACACUGUAACUUUGCCAGCAUUAUUCACAGUCUAACGUGUACUGAUCCACAUUUCGUCUAAACAUCUGUCCCACAUAGAGAAAUCAUUCCUCAUAGUUAGCUAGCCUUGAAGUUUAAUUCUGUGCGACAAAAGCUGCGAAGUUUACCAAAAGUUGGUAUACUCUUGUACUGCUCAGCCUAAUAACGCGUUUAUCAAUAUCUCCAGUAGGAUAUUCAUAGUGCUUAUUCUUACUUAGGACAGAUACCUCAGUGUAACCUAUUUCAGCCUUGUGCCUCUUCUGUCAUAAUAUAAUCUGCACACUUUCUCAGCUUUGACAGUUUUUUUUUUUUUUUUUUUUUGCCCGUUCUGUCUCACUUUUCCUGCUGCAUUGUCACUUCUUUCUCCUUUCUGUAGUCAACAGCUAUAAGGACACUAGAAGCGAGUCGCUGCGGCUGCCUCUUACGUCAUUAUCAACGACCACUCUCCUUUCUAGUGCUGCGAGGUAUCAACACGUACUACUUCGAACUAGACCGUCAACGUACCUAGUCAUGUGACCAACUUAUUUCUCACUAGGGCCGGGACUACGAUUUGAUAUGUUGCUUAGUACUCGUACAUUUCCCAAUUUGUAGCGGCAAGGCUGACAGACUACACCACAACACUUAUGUAGUGAUAUCAUCGAUCAGUUUCCCGCAUUUACACAGCAGCCGUUUCUUUCUUUAAAAAUCACGCGAACGUGUGUGUGUGUGUGUGUGUGUGUGUGUGUGUGUGUGUGUGUGUGUGUGUGGUGUGUAUGCGCGCUCGCGUCAUGAUAUUACUUCUAAAGGACAACUCACACCGUUUCCCCUGUAAACAUGUCACUUAACUGCAAAUCUCACUAAAAUUCUCCAUAGUUACUGACAAACAAACCUAUCCAUUACUUUCUUUCUACGAAAGGUGCAGCAUCUACACAUCCUUAUUCUGCUAGAAAACUCUAUCCUCUGUCAUCUAAUUUUCACUAAUAAUAUCUCGUUCUCAAACUUUUAAGAGAACAAAAUCUGAUUAAUACCUGGCUCUGAGUAGCUUGUGCAUUAUAAUCGACUUUAAUGACGAAAAAGGUGCCUUGUACCAAGAGAAAUGAGUUAUGAUGUAUUUGACACGCAUCAUAGCAGACUAUUUUAUUUAUUUCAGAUGAUGAACGCUUAAGGCUCUAUUGAAAUGAAAUAACGGAUACAUACUGCCGUCGUUGUUUUUGAAAUAACAGAAAUGCAAGAGAAUUCAAGAAAAUGGGGAGGGUGGACAGGAAGCUUGUCAUGGUCACGCUUUUACAGUAAGUUUAGGCAAAUUACGAUGCUACGCAGAUAACGUCAAGUAUCAUAGAAUGAUGUAUAUGCCAUUUAGAUGUACCAAACUCCUUGAAGACAUCUGUAGCAACAGUAAACGUAGAAACUCAGCAGUUUUUCCAUUAUAUCGAGGACAUAAAUGGCCUCCGUCGAAUUUCUUCUGUGAUGAUUGUCCCAUGUAGCUGGGACCCUUAGAAUUCUGUAGAGGUAAAAUAAAUAUUCCUACAUUACAGAAGUUAGCAGGAAGGUAAAGUAUAACUUAGAAAUGAAGUCUCAUUGGUAUAUAGUUUAGUAGAGUUUUUUUUACUGGAAUUGCAUACAUUAUAUAGAAUAUAUAUGAAUUCUAGAUUUCAUAGAAUUUUGGUGUCCUUUAGGCAUUAUCAGUGGCUUUCUUCUAGACAUCCUUGAAGUAGCUGUCUCGUGGGCUCUCGUUGCUGAACAAAAUGCUUUUGUAUUAGUGUCUUUCAUAUAUCGUAGAAUUCACCGUAUGGUCACAACUGAUUUUAUUUGGACAGCUUACAGCUGUUAUCAGACCUUAUAGGGCAACGAUGAACAAGACGCCUAGUCGUUAACUGAACUCAUAAAUAAUUCACUUAACAACUAUGCGUCCUCUGUGACAAUGAAUUCCAAGGCCUGAUGAUGGCCGAAAGCCAUGUAAAUAGACUCUGUUGUGACUGAGAGGUGAAUUUUGCGAUUCAUAUAUGUAUACCAAGGUCACCGGUCUUCUCCAAAGGUCGAAAGACCUCAUUUGAUGUCAUUGUUCUCUUCAUCAUGAACUCCUGCGGUAGAAGGUUGUAAAACUUGCAUUUCCGAGGCGCAAAUAAGUUUAGUGACUUAUCACCUCGGUAUGAAGACACUCUGGAGCAAACAGCAGAAAUGUAUAAGUAACUACGUCGAAAAAAAGAUCGGGGUAUUGUGCCUUACAUCGCAAGAAAUAGGUUGGUAAUUGAAAAGCAGGUUAAUUUUGCAACAAAAUUCCACCGAAAUGUUAUGAAGAGUUCAUGCUAUUAUGAGAGCGUUGUGAAAUGAAGUGACAUCUGACUGUGGCAAAAUUCUUCGCAAUUUUAAAAUAUUAGCGCAUGAGCUUAAUAUACUCAUAUAUAUGUAAAACUGCUGCCUGCUUUUUCUAGUAGCCUUAACUGCGUGCUGUGAAAUUUUGUAAUAAUCUUGCUAAAGAGUACCGCUUUAAAUUUUGUAGACAAGUUUCUAGUAUUCAUAACUGUUACACUUGUUAAAUACACACACCCUCGACAGUGAUAGAGCUUCUCUGAACAAAAAUCGCUCAGAAUGUGAGACUUCAUCGCCCCUGGAGCGAAAGAGUGGCAUAGCAUAUUUUCAUAUCUCUUAUAUACUUGUGAUUCCGGUAAGAUAUUUAUUCGUAGUUCAGUUUCCUCUCAUUGGAGUUAACGACUAUAAUGUACACCUUUCCUUAUCAGUGUGUUCUGCUCAUGGGGGAAGUAAACUCCAAGCUAGAGAUGCUAUUUUAUUUAGUAGACUAUGCUUGCUAUAGCUAGGCGCACAUAGUUCUGUGUAUAUAUACACAUUGAUUACGCAUCAGUAGUUUGUAUGACAAAGUAGGUAAGUUGAAAAUAAUAUAUGUUUAGAGAAGUGUGGUCAUUUUUUGACCGCAUGUGUCAGAUGGGACAGUAGCUAGCAGAGUGACGUGUGUCGGCCUACUUGGUGUUGUAGUGAGCACAACCCGUAGAACUAACAAAACGUAUUGUAUAUAUCUCCCUAAUGACUCCUUUUGUGUGCUGUCAAGAUGAGACUAUCACCCCAAAAAUAUGUUCUAUUUUUAUGCUCGAUAUUUUGUAUUUCUAUUUACUGACAAAUAUAUUUUGUUUAAUUUUGUUUUCGAGGCUAUUUUUAUAUCUACAUGGCGCAGCUUUUUAAGUUAAUCUACAAUUCGAAAUCCCUUACAUAUCCAUUUAUGACUGACCCCAAAAACCUAUAGGAUUUUGUAUUCACAUACACUACUAUUUUCUAUAAUGGAAUUAUGUGCUGAGAAUAUUUUCGUGAACAACAAAUAAUUUUGUAUGUAGGCAAAGUGUCGUUCCUCCAUGGGUAACUACGCCACAGCCACUAACGAAGUACCUAAAUACUUCCAGUUAUCGAGUCACGUACGGUAAAAAUAGCAACAGGCAGCUUUCAUCGCAUCCUGUAUCAGUUUUCCUUUCUGGGUUCUAGAAAGCAAAAUGUUGACUAUAUCGUCACGUCUUCAGAAUCUGUAUUAUUACUUUCUUUAUUCCACAAGAGAGAUAUAUUAUUAUAAUAAUUGUAAAUGUACAGUAGGUGAAUCAUCCCGAUCUCAUCAUUGUGGUCCUUACGUUUUCUAUUACUUUCGAUUCCCGUAUGUUGUUUCCAUAGGAAAACUCUAAAGCACAACGGCGAGUUACAUUUGUUGGAAACUGAUCUUCCACAAAAUUUCUCAACUUUUAUUUUUGUGCGACAAUCAUUUUUCACAGUAGAUGUAGAAUAUUGUCUAUUACUAAGCUGAAGGUGGUAUACGUGAAUGAUUGUAAUGGGCAAAGUUAUUUUGUUCUUAUUUGAUUCUUGGUAUUUGAACGUUGUGUAGCAGUUAUUUGGCUGAAAGCAUUCGUUAUUUUGAAAUGAAAACUAUUUUUCUUCAAUUAUAUCCUGAAUUUUUUGACAGCUUUCAACUGUCCUUAACGUCUAGACAUGUAUUUAUAAUUUUAUAUUCAUCACAUUAGGCGUUUCUUAAAAUUACCCACAUUCAGUAAGCAUUUUAAGCACUUGGACAACACAGUAUAAGUUCAGUAAGCUACAGAGUUGCACUGUAUAUUGUUGUUACGUAAAGUGAGUAAGGUGCAUUAGAUACCGAGGAUCAAUUUCAAAGGCUUUCUGUAAGAAGAAAAUUAAUUAAAACUUAUUUUGUGUACUAAACUUGUUCCUUGUAUUCGGCAUGAAUCGUGUAAGGGUUUCCUAUAGUUAGAGAAAACACACCCGUAUUUUGUAGAUGCAGAAGAUAUUUAAACUUCAGCGUAUAAUCAGUUAAUACAGUGUAGUCUAAUAAAUUAAUCCCAACAUAAACAACUCACGAUCGCAGUAGGUAGUCGUUUCUCAUAUUCUGGAAAACUAACAUUGCUUUUGUCCCAUUGCGGCAGAUAUAACUAGUGAAUUAGUCUUUGUAGCUUGUAAGAAUAAAUGAAGUUUUCUUUACACUAAAUUAUGUAUUUCCAUUUAGAAUGUUUUACGUCUAUGGUGAUUUUUAUCCAAAAAAUAGUUCUAUGCCCUAAUAGAAUGUAUCAAAUGGAUACAUAUCCAGGUCCCAUUGCAGUUUUCGUUUCUGAAACUGAAAACAUGAACUGAAUCAGUACCCGCGAAAAGAUUCCCUGCUCAGUAUGUUUGUCUACUACCACUACGGCGAUGUCCUGUACUAAAGUAUCUAUUUUAUAUUAUAUUUCGAGAAACAAAAUUUCGAAUAUUUGAUGUAGUACCUAUAUGAAACUGCACAAACAUAAUAUUCGUACUGCUGUCUUUCAUCUGUAUGUCGUGGAGUUAAACUAGUGGACUUUAUUCUGAAUAUUCUAUGCAUGACUCACUGGUGAAUGGAUUUCGCAUGCCAGGCAUGUACGACAAACACACAUCCUGUUGUAGUAGAUAACUGUUCUGUGUAACUGGAUUUUUGUCUUGUACGGAGCAUACUGGUAAUGUAAGAACUAGUGAAUUUGAUACAAGCUUACGUGAAUGGAAGGUAGAGAAUUCUUUGACUUUCAGGUACUUGAAAUUUAUAUAUAAAAAUUAAUAUAUGUACAUAUUCUAUUUAUAAUAACCGUAUAGAAAUGUGUAUGAAUUAAUUUCAAUGUUAAACUUAAUACAAGUAAAUCUAUCAAUAUAUAAUAUGCAAAAAAGAAAACUGUAUUGAAGUUAGUAACUGCCUUUAUUUUGUGAUGUAAAUAUUUAAUCAAUAAACGCAAUUUCUCGUGA